AUGUCCAACUAUUACCAACAAGGUCCACCACAAGGAGGAGGUUACUACCAACAGGGCCCACCACCACCACAAGGAGGAGGCUACUAUCAACAACAACAACCAAUGUAUGUCCAACAACAACCACAAAGGGGUGGUGGUGGUGGAUGUUGUUCAUCAUUCUGUGGAUGUUGUGCUGCUAUUAUCUGUUGUUGUUGUGCUGAAGAAUGUGCGGAUAUGUUGUGCUAG